GCGCCACUUACAGAGCAAGGCACAUUUGCAGAGAGUCCUCCGUUUUGGCAAAAUGAGUUCCAUUCACUCUACCAAAUAAUGUUCCUGAAAUGAAGAGGCUGGGAUUCAUUUCCACAACUUAAAAUAUGAAGCAAGAUCAUCAGCUAAAAGUGAAAACUAAGAAGACUGUUGGAGAUGAUUCAACAAGAAAGGUGGAAUAAUGUUAACCAGUGAAAAAGCUCCUUUUUGUUCAGAGGAAUUUCACAAAGUAGAUCUGAAGGAAAUUUGACAUGGAAGCCCAAAAAUCCUCAAAGAAUUGCAGUAUUACAGGUACAGAAUUUCCAGACCCAAGUUUGCCUCUCGAUUGGCCAGAUGAUUUCACACUUCGUGGCAAUAAAGCUGCUAAUGCUACAAAUCCAUUCUGGAAUGAACUGUCUGUUUCUAACCCAUUUUUGGAUGACAUAACUCAGCUAAGAAAUAAUCAGAAGAGAAAUAAUAUUUCCAUCUUGAAGGAAGAUCCUUUACUUUUUUUCAGAGAAAUAGAAACUGGAAAUUCUUUUGAUUCCUCUGGUGAUGAACUUAAUGUGCAUCAGUUGCUGAGACAGUCUUCCUCAAGGAAAUGUGGAAGAUCUAAAAGUGUUUCAGAACUUUUGGACAUUUUAGAUGACACAGCACGUGCCCAUCAAAAUGGACAAAAUUCUGACCAGAUCCUAGAACAAGACUUAGAAUGGCUUCAAAAUGAUCGAGAGGCUUAUAAAAUGGCUUGGUUAAGUCAACGCCAGCUGGCCCGCUCCUGUCUGGAUUUAAAGACAAUUAAUCAGAGUCCUGGGUGGGCCCAAACACAAGUUGCAGAGACCACAAUAGUUUGCAAAUUAAACCAUCAAGGGGGGUCAGUACAGUUACCUGAAUCAGAUAUCACUGUUCAUGUUCCCCAAGGUCAUGUAGCUAUAGGAGAAUUCCAAGAGUUAUCUCUAAGGGCUUUUCUAGAUCCCCCACAAGUACUGAACCAUGAUCUUUCAUGCACUGUAAGCCCACUGUUGGAAAUCAUGCUAGGUAACCUUAACACAAUGGAAGCUAUUUUGCUAGAGAUAAAAAUCGGGGCUGAAGUAAAAAAGGAUCCUUUCAGCCAAGUCAUGACAGAAAUAGUGUGUUUACACAGCCUAGAUAAAGAAGGCCCUUUCAAGGUAUUGAACAACUGCUACAUUUACAAAGACACCAUCCAAGUCAAGCUAGUAGACUUGAGCCAGGUGAUGUAUCUAGUGAUUGCUGCACAAACUAAAGGUAUUCAGUCACCUGCUACGACCAUUUGGGAUUAUAUCCACAAAACCACCUCAAUUGGAAUUUAUGGGCCCAAAUAUAUCCACCCCAGUUUCACUGCUGUUUUUACAGUUUGUGGACACAGUUAUAUGCCAGGAAAGCUUACAAUUUCUGAUAUUAAGAAGGGUGGGAAAAAUAUGUCUCCAGUUGUAUUUCAGCUCUGGGGGAAACAUUCCUUCUUACUUGAAAAGCCACAAGAUUUAAAUAUUUCUGUCUUUUCAUGUGAUCCUGAUUUUGAAGUGAAGGUAGAAGGAAAAAGAAAAGAAAUCAAACAAAAGCAGUUGCGAUCAGGUCAAGUAGUUCAUCAGCAAUUUUCAUUCUCUUUAGUUGACUCCAGAGAAAUGCACUUGUUUGUUUUCCGUGUUCAGGUGGAGCCUCCCAAUGGUAGACCAGUUACACAGUUCUUUAUUACUACUCCUGAUCCAGCCCCAAACCUAAAAAGGCUCUCAGAUCUGCCAAGUGAUUGGCAGAAGGAAAAAGAAAUAAAGUCUACUCCUUUACUACCAACAGUGCAUGUUAAAUAUCCCACAUUUCAAGACAAAAAAAUGAACUUUACAAACUAUGGGAUAACCCUGAAGACAGUGCUAAGACAAAGCAAGAUUGACUACUUACUUGAAUAUUUCAAAGGGGACAGAGUAGCUCUUCUUGGAGAAGGUAAAGUAAAAGCCAUUGGGCAGUCUAAAGUGAAAGAAUGGUAUGUGGGAGUCCUGAGAGGUAAGAUUGGACUUGUGCAUUGUAAAAAUAUCAAGGUGAUUGCAAAGGAACAAGUAAUGUCUACAUCGGAUACUGUCUUCACAACCUGGAAUCUUCUUGAACAAAUUGCUCUGCCUUUUAAAAAACUGACUUAUAUCUACUCAGUUGUAUUGACCUUGGUGUCAGAAAAAGUUAAUGAUUGGAAAGUUUUAGCUGAUGUCCUGGGUUACUCACAUCUGGUGCUGGAAGAUUUUGAUCGAAUACAAGCAGACAAAGAAUCAGAAAAAGUUUCUUAUGUUGUGAAGAAGUUAAAGGAAGAUUGUCAUACAGAUAGAAAUACCAGGAAGUUUCUUUAUGAACUUGUUGUGGCUCUGCUGAAGAUUGAUUGCCAGGGGUUAGUAGCACAUCUCAUCCAAGAGGCUGUUAUUCUGACUUCAGCUGUCAAGCUUGGAAAAGGCUGGAGGGAACUAGCUGAAAAGUUAGUAAGACUCACAAAGCGACAGAUAGAGGCAUAUGAAACUCCUCACCAAGGAAAAGCGGGAGAUGUUACCACAGAGAUGAUGUGGAAACCUGCCUAUGAUUUUCUCUAUACUUGGAGUGCUCACUACGGAAAUAGCUACAGAGAUGUGUUACAAGACCUUCAAUCAGCCUUGGAUAGAAUGAAAAAUCCUGUGACCAGACAAUGGCGGGACUUAACUGGAGCUUUAAUAUUAGUAAAUUCUUUAGAGGUUUUGAGAGCAACUGCAUUCUCCACUUCAGAAGAAGUAUAGAAAUGAAGGGUAUGUUUUUUGGAGGAGGGCCUGGGGAUAGAAUAGGUGUGUGUGUGUGUGUGUGUGUAUGUGUGUGUGAAAGAUGAAGAAUCUGAGAAAAGUAUUACUUAUUUUUUUCAUAUUUGAAAAAAUAUUUUUUCUCCUGGUGAAAGCACAGCAUGACACAAAAUCCAAAGGUGGGUUUUAUAAUCAAAUAUGUGUUUUUGUAUAUGUUUCAAAUGCAAACAUUAAGGUGUUUUCUUAUUGAGAAAGGAAAGAAAAAUCCCCUCUCCCUUUCAAAGUUACUUUUAGUUGAAACAAAUGACGGCUAGCAAAAUUAUGUCACACAGAUAUCCAGAUUAUUCAGAGGCUCUCCAUGUGAACAUGAGUUUUAUCAGGAGACAGGGAGAGAGGAGAAGCAAACAUAGGAACAGGGCUCCAGGCUUUCUGUAUCUGAUCUCUGUUAUUUCUCAGUGGCAUUUGUUGGCAUUAUUUCUUUUCCAUGUGAAGGAACUAAGGACUAAAGAGGAUGCUCAGAACAGUACAGGCAGUGUGAAAGAGGUUUUCUGUCUGCAAAACCUGGUUAUACUUAAAAAAAAAAAGCAUAGCACAUAGGAAUAUAGUAACAACAAUUAAAUGUGUAUUAAAAUGUAUAGGGAAAUUGUAGCUAUUUCAUUUUAAUUGAAGCUCACUGCUCUUUCCCACCAUCUCUUGAAAGACUGCCGGAAGGAAAAUAUGACUUAUCAGAAAUCCAUUGUCUGCAUCCACCAACUGGAGUUUUCACCACCUUCCUCCAGUAUUUUGAGACCUAACUAAUCAUGCCUAACUUGGACUUUUCCUUCAGGAUCCUAGUGCAGAGUAGUUCUUUAACUCUCAAAGAUAUUUAAUAGCAAAAGUUAUUUUUUAAAAAACCUGAUUUAUCACUGUGAAGUGCAGCAAUCUUAACCACUGAUAUCUUUGUAUAUGUUCAUGUGUUCACGUAAACACAUGUAUUUGUGUGUGUGUGUGUGUGUGUGUGUGUGUGUGUGUGUGUGUGUGUGUAUACCAGAGUGUUUUAUAAAGCUUUGGAAGACAAAGAUUAUGUAGGAAUUUGGACCAGUAUAAGUGCUAACUGUGGAGUAGUUGAUAAAGAGAUGGUCUGGGCUUACUCAGAUGUUCAAUCUUCUGUUUAUGUAUUUUAGACAGUCAUUCAUUUAUUGUCACUUAGUUGACAGAUGGAGUGUGUGUACCUACUCUGUGGCAGACACGUAGAUGUUUGAGGCUAAUAGCUAAUAAUGGGGAAUAAACAGCAUGAUACUUGACUUCAGUACAGCUGAAGUGAUUGAGACAAUAGUAAAAAAAUCUAUACAGACAAAUCUUAAAAUGGCAUCUGCAAUACCAGCUGCAAUGGAAAAACUGAGAUGCCAAGAGAUUAGAUUUGGGGGAUAACAUGUGGAUCAGGGGAUCAAGUUAAGUUUUCUCUGGGAAAGAAAUGAUGAGCCUAGUAGAGGAUCAGACAGUGUUCCUGGUCUGGGGAGGCAAGAAGAGGCAGUUCCUCAAUGCACCGAAGCCCUCAGGCAGGAGGGGAGCUCAGAAGAUGCAGGAAGCCAGGGUGAAGGGCUGGAAAGGGCGAAGGAGUGAAGGAAGGAAAGAUGCUCUCAAAGGUAAUGCGGAUGAGCUGAAUAAGGAUUUUAUUUAGAGAUCCUGAAUAAAACAUGUCCAUUUGGCUAAAAAGUAAGAGCAGACUCUUUUUAGAGCUUUUAAUACACCCACCCUGGGGUAUUUGGUAUGCUGGCAAAUGUAAUUCGAAUUAGGGUUUAAGAUCUUUAAGGCUUUUAAUAUUUAUAUUUGAUGAUAAGAGAAUACAGCCUGCCCAAGGAGUUAUGUACACCCAUUCAAGGACGGAAUUUAUUUUUGUUGAGAACAAAUUCAGGAAGAAGGAAAAAAAAAAAAGAUUUUAAGAUCGGAACGCAAUCAUUUUUAGUGGUGAUUUUGCUUUCUUUAGAACAUUCUUGGAAUCUUAUUAGCAUGUCAGCAAAUCAGAGAAUUUCGGGAAAGGAUAAUAAGGAAUUAAUAACUGGGUUUUUCCAGGCUCUAAGAUCUGAGACAACAGAGAUCUUUUUAGCUGAUUAGGGUAGUAAGAUGAAGUAAAUCACUUCAGGUUUAUCACAUCAUGUGUUGUGAUUGUGGUUGGGAAGUUUAUCAAGAGUUUAAAAAAUGAACAAGAUGGUCUCUGAAAUUUAAGGAUGAAACAAUGAUUUAAAUAUUAAUACACACAAAGAUAUUUUAUAAUCUUGUAAUAAAUGCUU